GAGAGUGUCUCUCCUCCUGUGUAUCUGUUAGAAAUGUGGGUGUAUUGUUGACUUCCGGAGUGUUCAUUGCUGAUCUUUGGUGAGGGGAAACCGUUUGGAUGUAUUUUGAGGUCCCCGAGGGCACUGCAGGGACUUGUGGGAAGAUGACCUGAUUUCUAAUUUUCUCCUCUGCUGCCUGGGCUGUGGGCUAGUCGCUGCUACAAACACAGGAGCCCAUGAAACGAGUGUGACAGCAUGAGACGACCUGGAUCUAUUUACGCUUUUGGCUUAAAACUGGAUGUUAUUCGUCAGUGUUGAUGGAUGCAGGCGUGGUUGUAAUUGUCUUUGGAUAGAUUCAGGUGAGCCAUGGCUAACCUGCAGCAGGAAUACCCCGGGGUCCUUCUGGGGAUCCUGGAGGAACUGGCCAAUAUGCGCCAGUGGCUGACAUUUCAGGACCUUUGUCGCAUGGUCAGCACCCGCUUUGACCUCGAGCACCUCAUUGAGCUCAGGAGUUUGCUGUUUGCUGCUGCCAGCCGGGACCCCUGUUUCCCAGCCACUCUCUUUAGAGACAGGGUUUCCACCAGGGGCCAGGGGCUUUCACCCAUAGGCGUCGCUGCUGACAUUGUAACUAUCUUCAAUCUUAUUCAGAUGACGGGUGGGGCUACAGAUGACAUUCAGCCAAUCAGAGCCCAGGCAAUCCUCCCAGUUGACCAUUCCCCAGGCCCCAGUCUGCCUGGAAUCCACCAGCUGAACAUUUCUGGUCGAGAAAGAGCACGAGCCCACUCUGAUUCCGGAGGAAGGCCCAUCGACCAGCACUUGCUGAUUCCGAAAUCAAAUUACUCUGCCCGCAAGCGAGGAAGUCUUCCCCCCGAUCCCAUCUCCCUUGUGUCCUCCCCUCCAGUCAGAGCGAGGGCCGUGUCUUUCGACUUGCCUCACACAACACUCUUGUAUUCUAGUGGUCAAAUCCCCAACGAGGUCAUGAAGAAUAUCUACUUGCCGUUGGAGACGGACAGUGAGUCUAGUGGAGAUUCUGCUCCUGUGGAGGUGUUUGAACCUGAACCGGAGUCGUCUGUUGACCAGAAAAGAAACGUCUUUAGGAAGGACUUCCAUAACCAGCCGCCUCUUAUACCCCAGGUGACCGUCAACAGUGAGUCUCCUAGUCCCAACAUUUUGCAGAAAGGCUUUGACAAACACAGUUUUGAAAUAAUCCCAAAUCCUUACCCGUCACCAACAACAGGCCAACAAUUGCCAGAGCAGAGGGCUAAACAUGAAAGCCUUGAUGACCUGCAAGACUCAACUUAUUUUGGACCUGGGUCAGUUGCGGAGUGCUCCCCUCUACACCUGCAACCUCCCAGAAAUCAAAGACCAAUCUGGAGCAACAAGAGCCACAGUCUAGAGGACCGGUUAGGUUUAGGCAGUGUUGGAAUUGGCAUAGAAUCACAAAGAGGGCAACUUCCCAGGAGAUCAACACCUGCUUUGGGGUCCUCGGGAGGUGAGAGUGGGGAUAGUGGAUUGCCAAGUGGAGGUGAUGGAGUCAAGGCUCAGGGAACCCAGACAGACCCACCGGACCCGAGGCGCCUCCGUAGCCUGGUCCAUGCUGAUCGCCUCUCCUUCAUGACCUCAUUAGAUGACCCAGAGUUUUGUGAGGAUGACAUCAGUGUAAUUUUUCGUUUCUUAGAUGACAUUAGCAUGUGUGGUUCUACAGGAGUCCUGCACCCCAGUGAUCCAACAGGGGCCAUCAACCAGGACACCCCUGAGGCCAGACGUGGCCGCUUAGGUCAACUUCAGAGGCUUUUCCACUCUUUGGAAAGCAGUGAUGAUGGGCUGAAGGCCAGUGUCUGUAAGCUGCUGCUCCGUAUGAGCCAGAUAGAAAGACAACUGGACUCACUGAAUGAUGUGAAGGCUGAGAUUUCCCAGGUGCUCUCUGCUUUGCAGCGUCUGGAUGAAAAGAUCCAGCAGCCUGUCGGUGGCGGUGGACAAGGCAGCAGCGGGCGAUGGCUAGAGCCUCUCAGUGGUGUCUCCUCCUUUAUGAGCCACCCUAUGACUCCUUCUGAGUCAUCGGAACCUCAACCUCUGUCAGUAUCUGGGAAUCUGUUUCCGGCGACCAGCAUGAGUAGUCUGGACUGGAGCCGCUGGAACACUCCUGGGGAGCAAACAGAAAGUGUUACAGCUGAUUCUAAGGGGGUGAAAGAAGGGAAGAAAGAUGCAUCAUCUCGUCGUGCCUCCAAAACACAGCCUGAAGAGAAAAUAGUCCCUGAUUCCAAUCAGCUGAAAGUUUCUAACGCUGCAAGAGACUGGACAGUGUCAUUCUCAAAAAAUAAAGAUCGCAAAGCCUCACAUGGAAAAAUUGAACAGACCGAUCAGUCGAGCAGCACAACGAACCUCCUCACCCGUAAGUCCUCCAGUCUGGUGGAACAAGUGUUUAACUCAUCCCUGUUCCGCCACAAAGACAGCAGUCUGACAGGGGGGCUCACCUCUGGGAAGACUAAGGAUCCCAGACUGGUUGAGGGGAGAGGGCGGCCCAUCUGGACUGUAGAUGACAGAGAGGCACGGAUCUCCUCUUUGGACGCACAGGCCCAGGAGUCUCUAAACCCCAACAACAUGGAGUUCUGGAUGGACGACAUCUACACUCCAGGUUACGAUGCACUGCUCAGGCGCAAAGAGGCCAAUCAGCGCCGGGCCAAGGUCUGCAAGCUGACUGCACUCAUUGCCACUGUGGUGGUCAUCAUUCUCAUCAUCGUCAUUCCUAUUUGUACCAUGGGCUCAUGAAGACAACCACAGACUGUCCACACUGUUGCCUGUUUUCAUUUAUCUAUUUUCAGCAGCGAUGUACUGCAUCAAGGAACUUGCACAGUAUUCAGAUUGAGAUUAGUGAGAGUAUGACAUAAAUUAUAGACAGCUCCUCCUUACAUUUCUCUGCAUGCAGUACCAUUAGUCAUGACUUCAAAAAUAAAAGAAGGAACUAAAGCUUACUUUGGAAACACAGAGUUCCUCACUCAUGCAGUUACAACAAAUAGAAAGUUAUCUGCCGUAUGAAACCCUUUGUUUUUUCAGUAUUUACAGUCAUAGAUUUCAUGAUUUAUGUUCACGAUUCUUUCAGGUUGCUGUAUACGGUAGUAAUUAAAGAUGGUUUUAAAUUAUUCUAAAAUAACUCUUAGCUUAGGAUGAACUCAUACUGAGUAUCAUUUCCUUUUUAUUUUCUUAUUUAAUUUUUAGUUCUUAUUUUCUGAGAAACUACACUGUUACAGACACAUUGUGAAUCAGCUUCAGCCUUGAACACUGCCUGACUCCUCUUUGCUGUUCCCUUGGGAACACUACAGGGCUCAUUUUACUUCUUUGGAAAAUAAUAGUUUUAUCAGUACAUAAGAGUUUUAAUGGAUUCUGUCGAUUGGAGAGUUUUUUGUCUUUUAGUUUAAGGGUUCUUGUGAUUCCUUAAAGUAACAGAAUCUACAGUACUGCGGGAGCUUAAAUCAAUAAAAGUGGUAUUUUUAUAGAGUUUGCUCCCAUUUUUCAAACAGGAAAAUAUGAGCUAUUUAAUCCACUCUUGAAUGUGUUUGGGUGGUGGGACAGAGUGUUUACAAGGUGUCAGGUUUCAAGAAAUGGAACAUAAAAAUGUUGUUGGUGAUGAGGAUGUUUUGGCUCUGGAGCAGUGGAGGAAAGAGGGAGCCCUUUUCCAGUAAACAAGCUCUAAGUGGGAGAUUCCACUUGUAAUUCAAUUGAUGGGAUGUUUGGAGUGCACCAUAUGCACAUUAUCUUCUCACUAUAGACUCACUUGGCCAGAGCUUUUCCAUAUAUCUGCAGACUCACUUAGCGCCAACAGAUUCAUCUGGCUUCCCCUUACAGAUGAGGAAAGUAGACAUUCCAUUUUCUAAAAACCUCCUGUUACCUCAGGUUUGGUGCCACUCUAUAAAAUCAACAGGGGGUUCAUAGAAAACAUAUACACCUGUCAAAUAUAAUGGAAUCCAAAAUGAUUGCUCCACAGCAUAAAAAAAACUUUAUACAGCUUGAUGAGUUCAGUUUUUGCUGAGACUGUGAGAAAGGUGUUAACUGAACUCUAAGGUAAAGUUUUAAUGUAAGGUACAAGGUUGCAUAUCCGUACCAACAAACUCAAAAUGCCAAGUAAAUUAAAUGAAACAUCUGACAGAUAUAAAGCAUGGUAAGCUUUACAAUACCAAAGUUUAUUGCAGUGCAAAUGUAUUGGAUUGCAUUGCAUUUUUAGGUGUUGAUGUUAUUUUGUCCUUGGCAUUGCAAGACAAGGAUGAUUUUGUUUCCAUUAAACAGAAGCACUUUUCUCCCUUUAUGGUGCAUACACCGAAGUGCAUGGAAACUAAGUAUCAGUGGGAAAAACUGCAUUAAAGUGCUUGUAUAGUUUUUGUUAGACCUUUAGACCUAACUUUGCUUUCUGUACAAAAUAUGCACAGGAUAUAUAGAGGGCGUGUUCUGCUUCAAUGCAUCUUCCUAAGUAGAUGUAUAUCUGCCAAGUGUUCCCCAUGAGGCUGUUUGUGGAUCCAUUACCCUUCCACUGGUGCCACUGACUAACCCUGUGCUCAGCACAAUCUGCAGGUGCUUCCUCUGAAACUUCAGUGCAUGAGAGACUCCUGAUACUUUUUUCAUUCCUGAAAUGUGGACCUUGUUGUUGCAAUAUCCAUGCACCUUUUAGAAAGACAACAGAAAAUCUGUGAAGUCUUAUUCAUGCAGAAAACAUGCAGGUAUCUCAGCACAAGUGAAUGUGAGAAACACUUUAUAUGAUUGUGAGUGUUUACGAUGAUUUAUGUUGCCUGUCUGA